AUGGCCAGCGCGUCUCUGCCCACCCUGCUGCCGCUGGGCCCCGAGAGCCUGCGCCCCUUCACCCCGGAGUCCCUGGCGGCCAUAGAGCAGCGGGCACAGGAGGAGGAAGCCCGGCAGCUGCGGAACAAGCAGAUGGAGAUCGAGGAGCCCGAGCGGAAGCCUCGCAGUGACCUGGAGGCGGGCAAGAGCCUGCCCCUGAUCUACGGGGACCCCCCGCCUGAGGUCAUCGGCAUCCCCCUGGAGGACCUGGACCCCUACUACAGCGACAAGAAGACCUUCAUCGUGCUCAACAAGGGCAAGUCCAUCUUCCGCUUCUCGGCCACGCCCGCGCUCUACCUGCUGAGCCCCUUCAGCAUCGUCCGGCGCUGCGCCAUCAAGGUGCUCAUCCACUCGCUGUUCAGCAUGUUCAUCAUGAUCACCAUCCUGACCAACUGCGUGUUCAUGACCAUGAGUGACCCGCCGUCCUGGUCCAAGGACGUGGAGUAUACCUUCACGGGCAUCUACACCUUUGAGUCCCUCAUCAAGAUGCUGGCCCGUGGCUUCUGCAUCGACGAUUUCACAUUCCUCCGGGACCCCUGGAACUGGCUGGACUUCAGCGUCAUCAUGAUGGCCUACCUCACCGAGUUUGUGGAUUUGGGAAACAUAUCAGCCCUGAGAACCUUCCGGGUGCUGCGAGCCCUGAAAACCAUCACGGUCAUCCCAGGGCUGAAGACGAUCGUGGGGGCCUUGAUCCAGUCGGUGAAGAAGCUGUCGGACGUGAUGAUCCUCACCGUCUUCUGCCUGAGCGUCUUCGCGCUGGUGGGGCUGCAGCUCUUCAUGGGGAACCUGCGGCAGAAGUGCGUGCGCUGGCCCCCGCCCUUCAACGACACCAACUCCACCGGGCUGGGCAACGACACCUGGCUGGACAUGGCGGGGCUCAGCAACGACACCUGGUUCAUCAACGACACCUGGUUCGCCAACGACACCUGGUUCGCCAACGACACCUGGGCCAGCAACGACACUUGGGCUGGCCGCGAGAGCUGGGCCAGCAACUCCACCUUUGACUGGGACGCGUACAUCAACGACGAAGGGAACUACUACUUCCUGGAGGGCUCCAACGAUGCCCUGCUCUGUGGGAACAGCAGCGACGCUGGGCGCUGCCCCGAGGGGUACGAGUGCAUGAAGGCCGGGCGGAACCCCAACUACGGCUACACGAGCUACGACACCUUCAGCUGGGCCUUCCUGGCCCUCUUCCGCCUCAUGACGCAGGACUACUGGGAGAACCUCUUCCAGCUGACCCUGCGAGCAGCCGGCAAGACCUACAUGGUCUUCUUCGUGGUCAUCAUCUUCCUGGGCUCCUUCUACCUCAUCAACUUGAUCCUGGCGGUCGUGGCCAUGGCGUACGAGGAGCAGAACGAGGCCACGCUGGCCGAGAACCAGGAGAAGGAGGAGGAGUUUCAGCAGAUGCUGGAGAAGUACAAAAAGCAUCAGGAGGAGGUGGAGAAGGCCAAGGCCGCCCAGGCUCUGGAAGGCGGAGACGCGGACGGGGACCCUGCCCACAGCAAAGACUGCAACGGCAGCGUGGACGCGGCGCCGGGAGAGCAGGACAGCGGCAUCUCAGACGCGAUGGAAGAGCUGGAAGAGGCCCACCAGAAGUGCCCGCCGUGGUGGUACAAGUGCUCGCAGAAGGUGCUCAUCUGGAACUGCUGCGCCCCGUGGGUGCAGUUCAAGCACAUCAUCCACCUCAUCGUCAUGGACCCUUUCGUGGACCUGGGCAUCACCAUCUGCAUCGUGCUCAACACCCUCUUCAUGGCCAUGGAGCACUACCCCAUGACUGAGCACUUCGACCACGUGCUCUACGUCGGCAACCUGGUCUUCACGGGCAUCUUCACCGCCGAGAUGGUGCUGAAGCUCAUCGCCAUGGACCCUUACGAGUACUUCCAGCAAGGCUGGAACAUCUUCGACAGCUUCAUCGUCACCCUCAGCCUGGUGGAGCUGGGCCUGGCCAACGUGCAGGGGCUGUCCGUGCUCCGCUCCUUCCGCCUGCUUCGGGUCUUCAAGCUGGCCAAGUCGUGGCCGACCCUGAACAUGCUCAUCAAGAUCAUCGGCAACUCGGUGGGCGCCCUGGGCAACCUGACGCUGGUGCUGGCCAUCAUCGUGUUCAUCUUCGCCGUGGUGGGCAUGCAGCUGUUCGGCAAGAGCUACAAGGAGUGUGUGUGCAAGAUUGCCUCCGACUGCAGCCUGCCCCGCUGGCACAUGCACGACUUCUUCCACUCCUUCCUCAUCGUCUUCCGCAUCCUGUGCGGCGAGUGGAUCGAGACCAUGUGGGACUGCAUGGAGGUGGCCGGCCAGCCCAUGUGUCUCACGGUCUUCCUCAUGGUCAUGGUCAUCGGCAACCUGGUGGUCCUGAACCUGUUCCUGGCGCUGCUCCUGAGCUCCUUCAGCGCCGACAGCCUGGCGGCCUCGGACGAGGACGGGGAGAUGAACAACCUGCAGAUCGCCAUCGGGCGCAUCAAGUGGGGCAUCAGCUUCGCCAAGGCCUUCCUGCUGGGCCUGCUGCACGGGCAGGUCCUACGGCCCAAGGACAUCAUCCUGCGCAUUGGGAAGCUCGGGGAGGUGGCCGCCGCCGACGCCGACACCGCCGGGGACGGCGCCCCCGAGGACGAGAAGAAGGAGCCACUGCCGGCCGACGGGGAGCAGGACGUGAAGAAGGACAACCAUAUCCUGAACCACGUGGGCCUGGCGGACGGCGCGCCCCCCGGCGUCGAGCUGGACCACCUCAACUUCAUCAACAACCCCUACCUCACCAUCCACGUGCCCAUCGCCUCCGAGGAGUCGGACCUGGACCUGCCCACCGAGGAGGAGACCGACACCUUCUCGGAGCCUGAGGACAUCAAGAAGUUGCCGCAGCACCCCUGCGACGGGACCUCCUCCGUGGGCAGCACGGCCGACUACAAGCCCCCCGAGGAGGACCCUGUGGAGCAGGCCGAGGAGCACCCCGAGGAGGAGCCUGAAGAGUGUUUCACCGAGGCCUGUGUGCAGCGCUGGCCGUGCCUGUCCGUGGACAUCUCCCAGGGCCGGGGGAAGCAGUGGUGGACGCUCCGCCGGGCCUGCUUCCGCAUCGUCGAGCACAACUGGUUCGAGACCUUCAUCGUCUUCAUGAUCCUGCUCAGCAGCGGAGCCCUGGCCUUCGAGGACAUCUACAUUGAGCAGCGGCGCGUGAUCCGCACGAUCCUGGAGUACGCGGACAAGGUGUUCACCUACAUCUUCAUCAUCGAGAUGCUGCUCAAGUGGGUGGCCUACGGCUUCAAGGUCUACUUCACCAACGCCUGGUGCUGGCUCGACUUCCUGAUCGUCGACGUCUCCAUCAUCAGCCUGGUGGCCAACUGGCUGGGCUACUCGGAGCUGGGGCCCAUCAAAUCCCUGCGGACACUGCGGGCGCUGCGCCCCCUCAGGGCACUGUCGCGAUUCGAGGGCAUGAGGGUGGUGGUGAACGCCCUCCUGGGUGCCAUCCCGUCCAUCAUGAACGUGCUGCUCGUCUGCCUCAUCUUCUGGCUCAUCUUCAGCAUCAUGGGCGUGAACCUGUUCGCCGGCAAGUUCUACUAUUGCAUCAACACCACCACGUCCGAGAGGUUCGACAUCUCCGAGGUCAACAACAAGUCCCAGUGCGAGAGCCUCAUGCACACGGGCCAGGUCCGCUGGCUCAACGUCAAGGUCAACUACGACAACGUGGGCCUGGGCUACCUCUCCCUCCUGCAGGUGGCUACAUUCAAGGGCUGGAUGGACAUCAUGUACGCGGCCGUGGACUCGCGAGAGCAGGAGGAGCAGCCGCAGUACGAGGUGAACAUCUACAUGUACCUGUACUUCGUCAUCUUCAUCAUCUUCGGAUCUUUCUUCACCCUCAACCUCUUCAUCGGCGUCAUCAUUGACAAUUUCAACCAGCAGAAGAAGAAGUUUGGAGGGAAAGACAUCUUCAUGACGGAGGAGCAGAAGAAGUACUACAAUGCCAUGAAGAAGCUGGGCUCCAAGAAGCCACAGAAGCCCAUCCCGCGGCCUCAGAACAAGAUCCAGGGCAUGGUGUACGACUUCGUCACCAAGCAGGUGUUUGACAUCACCAUCAUGAUCCUCAUCUGCCUCAACAUGGUCACCAUGAUGGUGGAGACGGACGACCAGAGCCAGCUGAAGGUGGACAUCCUGUACUACAUCAACAUGGUCUUCAUCAUCGUCUUCACCGGCGAGUGCGUGCUCAAGAUGUUCGCGCUGCGCCACUACUACUUCACCGUCGGCUGGAACAUCUUCGACUUCGUGGUGGUCAUCCUGUCCAUCGUGGGCCUCGCACUGUCCGACCUGAUCCAGAAGUACUUCGUGUCGCCCACGCUGUUCCGCGUGAUCCGCCUGGCGCGUAUCGGCCGCGUCCUGCGGCUCAUCCGCGGCGCCAAGGGCAUCCGCACGCUGCUCUUCGCCCUCAUGAUGUCCCUGCCCGCGCUCUUCAACAUCGGGCUGCUGCUCUUCCUCGUCAUGUUCAUCUACUCCAUCUUCGGCAUGUCCAACUUCGCCUACGUCAAGAAGGAGUCGGGCAUCGACGACAUGUUCAACUUCGAGACCUUCGGCAACAGCAUCAUCUGCCUCUUCGAGAUCACCACGUCGGCCGGCUGGGACGGGCUCCUGAACCCCAUCCUCAACAGCGGGCCGCCCGACUGCGACCCCACGCUGGAGAACCCGGGCUCGAGCGUGCGCGGGGACUGCGGCAACCCGUCCAUCGGCAUCUGCUUCUUCUGCAGCUACAUCAUCAUCUCCUUCCUCAUCGUGGUCAACAUGUACAUCGCCAUCAUCCUGGAGAACUUCAACGUGGCCACGGAGGAGAGCACGGAGCCGCUGUGCGAGGACGACUUCGAGAUGUUCUACGAGACGUGGGAGAAGUUCGACCCCGACGCCACGCAGUUCAUCGCCUACAGCCGCCUCUCGGACUUCGUGGACACGCUGCAGGAGCCGCUGCGCAUCGCCAAGCCCAACAAGAUCAAGCUCAUCACGCUGGACCUGCCCAUGGUGCCCGGGGACAAGAUCCACUGCCUGGACAUCCUCUUCGCCCUGACCAAGGAGGUCCUGGGCGACUCGGGGGAGAUGGACGCCCUCAAGCAGACCAUGGAGGAGAAGUUCAUGGCCGCCAACCCCUCCAAGGUCUCCUACGAGCCCAUCACCACCACCCUCAAGAGGAAGCACGAGGAGGUGUGCGCCAUCCGCAUCCAGAGGGCCUUCCGCCGCCACCUGCUCCGCCGCUCCGUCAAGCAGGCCUCCUACCUGUCGCGCCACAGCCUGGACGGCAGCGGGCCCGGGGCCCCCGAGAAGGAGGGCCUCAUCGCCGAGUCCAUGAACAGGAUGUACGGCCCCGAGGGCGACACCAGCGGCACCGUGCAGAGCCCGGCGGCCGAGGACAGGGGCGCCUCGGAGGACGCUGGGCCUGCCGCCCCCCCUCCACCCGCACCCCCGGCUCAGACGGUGCGUCCCGGGGUCAAGGAGUCUCUGGUCUAGCAGGCGGAGAGGGGAGCUGAGCCCGGCCCCGCCUUCUGGAAGCUGCCAGCAGAGGCUCUGAGCCUACGACUGAGCGGGGGGCAUCUCUCGGGGACCCGGGGGGCGGGGGGCUCCCUGCUGGACUGGAGGGACCUCUCUGGAGAUUUGCCUUCACGUCCUGAGCUUUCUGCUCAGGAAAGGGGUGACAUCAGCAUCGCGCCCAGCUGUCCCCCAGGAGAAGCUGCUCCUGGGGAGGUGGCCGGCUGCCCCCACCACCGUCGGGCCCCGGGCCCCAGCCCUCCCUCGAUUCUGGGGUGCAGCGUCCCCUGGCCAGCUCAGGAGUUUCCCCCCAAAGAGGGUGAUGGGUUCUGACGCUGGGCUGGGUUCUGGCCCCCGAAACCCACUUCCUGCUGAGUCCAGAGUCCAGGCCCCCCCACUCCCCGGCUGGCCUCUGGGGGGAAGAGCAGGUGGGAAUCCCCUUAGGAAUGGUCUUUGCAGAGGGGGCUCAGGGUGGGUCCCCACGGUGUUGCUGCUGGGGGUUUGUCGGAGAGCACCCAGGGGAGAGUAUCCGCCCCCCUCCGCCCACACCCUCGGGGCUCCGUGGGGCCCCCCGAGCCUCAGCGUCCUUUCCCGGCACCCAGCCUGUCUUCCCUCUUCAUUCUCCCCCUCUGAGUGGCCUUAGACCUGUUCUGUUGGGUCUCUGCGGGGCGCCCCAGGGGGCAUGCGUGCCC